AUGUCGCUGUUAAACCUGUCGUGGUGGGGAGUCUGGCUCAGCACAGCCUCCCCAUGGCAACUCCUGCUGCUGACCGGGGCCUCCUGGAUUCUGGCCCGGGUUCUGGCCUGGACCUAUGCUUUCUACGACAAAUGCUGCCGACUCCAAUGUUUCCCACAGCCUCCAAUGAGGAACUGGAUCUUGGGUCACUUGGGCAUGAUCCAACCCACGGAGGAGGGCCUGAAGAAAAUUACUCAGCUGGUGACCACCCACCCUCAGGGUUUUAAGACCUGGCUUGGUCCCAUCAUUCCCAUUAUCACUCUGUGCCACCCUGACACCAUCCGGCCUGUUGUCAAUGCCUCAGCUGCCAUUGCACGUAAGGACGUGGUCUUCUACGACUUCCUGAAGCCUUGGCUUGGGGAUGGGCUCCUGUUGAGUGGCGGUGACAAGUGGAACCACCAACGUCGCCUGCUGACACCUGCCUUUCACUUCAACAUCCUCAAGCCCUACAUGAAAAUCUUCAUUGAGACUGCAAACAUCAUGCACGGUAAGUGGAAGUGCCUGACCUCUAAAGGCAACAUUCGUCUGGACAUGUUUGAGCACAUCAGUCUCAUGACUCUCGACAGCCUGCAGAAAUGUGUCUUCAGCUUUGACAGCAACUGUCAGGAGAAGCCCAGUAAAUACAUCACUGCCAUCUUGGAACUCAGUGCGCUUGUAGUAAAGCGACAGCAGCAGCUCUUCCUUCACUGGGACUUCCUGUAUCACCUCACUCACUAUGGGCAACACUUCAGAAAGGCCUGCCGCCUGGUGCAUGACUUCACAGAUGCAGCCAUCCGGGAGCGGCGGCGCACCCUCUCAAAACAGGGCAUUGAUGACUUCCUCAAGGCCAAGGCCAAGACCAAGACUUUGGACUUCAUUGAUGUGCUCCUGCUGAGCAAGGAUGAAGACGGGAAGCAGCUGUCAGAUGAAGACAUUCGAGCAGAGGCUGACACCUUCAUGUUUGAGGGCCAUGACACCACAGCCAGUGGCCUCUCCUGGAUCCUGUACAACCUUGCCAAGCACCCAGAAUACCAGGAGCGCUGCCGAAAGGAAGUGCAAGAGCUCCUGAAAGGCUGUAAGCCAGAAGAGAUGGAAUGGGACGACCUGGCCAAGCUUCCCUUCCUGACCAUGUGCAUCAAAGAGAGUCUGCGACUGCAUCCUCCAGUAACAGUCAUCUCCCGCCGCUGUGCCCAGGACAUAGUGCUUCCAGACGGUCGGGUCAUCCCCAAAGCUACCAUCUGUCUCAUCAACAUCUUCGGGACUCAUCAUAACCCCUCCGUGUGGUCCAAUCCUGAGGUCUAUGACCCCUUCCGCUUUGAUCCAGAAAACCCCCAGCAGAAGUCACCUUUGGCUUUUAUUCCCUUCUCUGCAGGGCCCAGGAACUGCAUCGGACAGAUUUUCGCCAUGACUGAGAUGAAGGUGGUCCUGGCCCUCACGCUGCUGCGUUUCCGUGUCCUGCCUGACGACAUUGAGCCCAGCAGGAAGCCAGAGUUGAUACUUCGUGCUGAGGGUGGGCUGUGGCUGCGAGUGGAGCCGCUGGACAAUGGAGCACAGUGA